AAAUGACCUCGCACAGGUACUCCCCCUCCAAACCAGCUACUUGUUUAGACAGUGGCACAGUGCGAUUGGUUAACUGUUGAACCCAAGAGCACUUCUCCUUUUUUAAUCCCCCUCCCAGUCUCACUUCCCGUCUGUUUGUUUUAUCCUCGUACCAGUGUGAGCGUGGAGCUUUUUUGCAUAUGCUCUCAGUGUCGUAAGAGACCCACUCCCGCCCCCAUGCAUGUAAAUUACGUGUGACAUGUUUAACUGCAGUUUCCUAAUAUGGCUCGUGCUAGAUUUCAGAGCAGUAGGACCCGGUCAGGCACCCUGGGACUGCGCAGGGGCGUGUGUGAGAGACCGUAGCUGUCUGCAAGAGAGACAUAGAGAAAAAGAGAGAGAGAGAUGUUGACGCAGGUUUUCACUUCUGUCGGAGUGCGUCACUCUUCUGUGCAGUCAUGUAAGUAAACGGCCAACACGCUCAUACAUAUGGAUCCAAGCUCUCACAGGUUUACUUGUUGGCUGCUCGCGGUGGACUGCGUUCUGUGUUUCCUGCUCUGAAACGGAAACAUGUGGGUACUGAAUAUCGUGCCCUCUCUUGCAUCUGCCGCUGCUUGGACCUGCUUGUAGUACCAGCCUUAGCUUCCUGCCUGCUUCCAGCCCACAUCGUGAAAGGACUGCCCGCACAACCCUCCUGGUGACCCCAGACAACCUUGGCCUUUUGCUCAUACACAAAACAGACCGCUGAAGUGUGCACUUUUGAAUCACAUUUGAGGAUUUUGCUUUUGGAUCCGUUUCUGCAGUCUUUUUUUCCAGACAGCAACAGUUUUUGAUCUUUUUGCUUUGGACUGGUGUGCAUCCCUAAGGGGAUGAGCUUAAUGAUAUAAAGCAAGAGGGAAGCAUAAAUAGAAGGACAUACAGGAAGUCGGCUUUUGACUGACUAGACAAACACACAAACAGAAGCACACCCAAGCCACUUAGGGAUUGUAAGGAAUUGAAGAUUGCUUGCCGCUAAAGCGUGCUGACCUUGCUGUUGACAUGGCGAUGAAUGUUGCUCACAUGCGGGACACGAAAUGGCUGACAUUGGAGGUGUGUCGAGAGUUUCAGAGGGGAACGUGCGCUCGUUCUGAUGCCGAGUGCAAGUUCGCGCAUCCCGCCAAGAGCUGCCAGGUGGAGAACGGGCGAGUUAUCGCUUGCUUUGACUCACUCAAGGGUCGCUGUUCCAGAGAGAACUGCAAGUACCUGCACCCUCCUCCACACCUGAAGACACAGCUGGAGAUAAACGGCCGUAACAAUUUGAUCCAGCAGAAGAACAUGGCAAUGCUUGCCCAGCAGAUGCAGCUAGCCAAUGCCAUCAUGCCAGGAAGUCAGCUUCAGCCAAUGAUCUACUUUCUGCAAGAUUCCGAUGUGGACAUGACUCACCAAAUGCUUAUUGAGAGCUGUCCAUCUUUAAACUGCAAAGCUCGGCACAGAAGCCGCAUCUGCAGCUGCAUAAAUCCUAUGUUUUCGGUCACACCAAGCCUUGCGACCAACGCAAGUGCAGCUGCUGCAGCAGCCGCUGCGGCCGCAUUUAAUCCGUACCUGGGCCCGGUGUCACCCGGGCUGAUGCCCGCAGAGAUCCUGCCCAGUGCACCUAUGCUGAUGGCGGGCAGUCCUGCGAUGGCAUCUGUGCCCUCUGCUGCCAACACUGCAGCUGCUGCUGCCUCGGCGGCUCAAAAACUCCUCAGAACAGAUCGUCUGGAGGUGUGUCGGGAAUACCAGCGAGGUAACUGCUCUCGUGGGGAGACGGACUGCAGGUUUGCCCAUCCUGCUGACAGCACAAUGAUUGACCCCAGUGAUAACACAGUGACAGUGUGUAUGGAUUACAUAAAGGGUCGCUGCUCCCGAGACAAGUGCAAAUACUUCCACCCUCCUGCACACCUGCAGGCCAAGAUCAAAGCGGCUCAACACCAGGUCAAUCAGGCCACAGCCGCUGCUGCCAUGACUCAGUCGGCUGUCAAAUCACUGAAGCGACCCCUCGAAGCCACCUUUGACCUGGGAAUUCCUCACAGUGUCAUGCCUCCUUUACCAAAGCGACCUGCGCUUGAGAAAGCCAACGGUGCCACAAGCAUGUUCAGUACUGGCAUGCUCCAGUACCAACAGGCUCUGGCCAACAUGCAGUUUCAGCAGCAAGCUGCCUUUAUUCCGUCAGUUCCCAUGAUGCACGGCGCUUCCCCGGCCGUUGUGUCCGCAGCAACCACAUCUGCCACAAGUGUUCCCUUCACAUCUGCAUCAGCCAAUCAGGACUCUUCUCUAUCAAAGUUGACUACCAACGAAUACAUGCAAUUGAUUCCAAUAAUAUCUGCAGAGCAUCUGACUAGUCACAAGUACUUGACACAGAUGUAGUUCCAGUCCACAACAAUCAAAGGAAUGUGCUGUUGUCCCAGACAAAAGGAAAAGAAACAAAAUUCAAAAUUUCAAUGUCAAGAAAACAAGUCGGAUAAGAUAUUCUACGAAGAUUAGAAUAUGGUCACACUUGAUGGUAGGGUUUUACAACAUGGGGUGAAACUGAGUGUCUGUACUCAACUAUCUAAAUCAGGAUUUGUAGGAAAAGUUGUUUUUUAUGUCUGACCUAACAUAGUUUUGGCAUGUUAGUAGUAGACCAAGAGAUAUUUUCUGUGAUUCAUCUAUUUUUUUUUCUCUCUCAAAAAUUUGUCUGAUGGUUUACAACGUUUUAAAGGUGCACCUUGAAUUGAAAACAGAACUGAAAGUCUACACGGCACAAAACAUCCAGUGAAAUAAUUCAAUGUACGUAGUUUUCUGUACUUUUUAGUUCUGUCUUCUAGUCAAACUAGAUUGUAAAUGCAGAGUCAGGAUUGGACGGAUGAAUGUUUUGGGUAGAACCUGCUCACCUGAGACCUUUCAAAAGCACAUUCUUGCAAGCUUUAUGUACCAUAACCACAGGCUGAAUACCAGACACCAAUUGAGAGUGUUAUAUCAACAGUGUUAUUAUGUUUACCAGAGAUUAAUGUUUUUUACAGCGCUUGUUUUUAUACAUAAUUUCACAAGUGUGUGGGUUUUUUUAUGAAACGUGCCAUUUUUAUUUGUUGAUCAUUUAUUAGGCCUUCUAGAACUCCUUAUAAAGCCUUUAUGACUCCUAUGAGGACAGGGCCGCCUUGUUCCUAAUGCCCUGUUUCUUUAUAUUGCCUUGAUUGAGAGAAUGUAACGAUAAAACUGCGAAGGUAAUCGAUAGGCACCACGCAUCUUUGGGAGGUUGUCGUCAAGGUAACAAGAUCAAAGGCUCGGCAGUCGUGCUUGGAAAGGAGCGACUGCGUUCCAGUCCUCACGAUAACAGUGUGAGGACUCUAAAAUGCUGGAAAAGCACUGCUUUGUUGAGUACUUGGUUACAGAUUUUGAAUUUUAGACUAGUCUAGGUGCACAGAAAGACUGGGUCAGGGUUUUUUUGUUCAGUUCUCAUUUUAGUUGAUUUUAAUUAGUUUGACUUCUAAUCUGAAACAUAAUUUAGCCGCUGUUCGACAUACAUAGUUUGUAUUCUAAGAGGAACUUAGAAUAUAAUGAGAUGUUUUUACCUUUAAGUUGUGCCAAAGUCUUUUACCCUUUUAUUUUUUUAAUUUAAAUGUGUUUUAAUUGGAAUGUUGAUUACGAAAGGUGAAUAAUUUGUAUAGCUUCAUUUUAUAUACAAGGUUGCUUGUGUACGCUGGCCAAAGUCAGAUAAAUAGUAAACCAGGAAAAAGACAUCCACAUCAAGGACAUCAAGGAAGUGACGUACAAGGGUUUAGCUCCAACUAAUGAACCAGAGUUUUAGGUUCACUUGAGUCUGGAUUUCAGCCUGGUUUAGGUGCGCAGAAAUAAAAGGAUGCACGUCAUUGCUGUCUCCUCACUAAAGCCUUAUAUUUCAGUGUUUAAACCCACAAAAACAUUCUUUCAUUCACAAAUGGGAAAAAUACAGCUGAUAUAUUAUUGUUCACUUUUAUUUUAAGUCUUUAUUAAUCAUGUUACAUUUAACGUUCACUCUUUUUUGUUUUUAAAGCCUUUGUUAUUGUUUGCAUAUUAAGUUGUGAAAUCCAAUUUUUUUUUUUUUUUUUUUUUUUUUUUUUUUUGUGGUUGACAAUAUUGUCAUAGAACUGUUUUAGAAUGUAGGAAAUAUUUUUCUUACUGUCACUUACUUUUACGUCAUGUUAAGUUCAUGUUUAUCCUGUAGUGUUGUAUACUUAAUUCUUCAUGUUAGAUUUCAUGGUAGAAUGUUUGAAAUUUCAGCUCUUUCAAGAAUUCUCGUUUUUAAUUUGUUGAACAAAAUGUUUUGUUUUAUCUUGUCUUAAAAAAGUAUGAAAAAGAAAGACAGAAAAAAAACAUUUAUUUGUAGGUAACGUAAGAAAUACGAACUGAAAUUUAUAUUUUAAAACCUUUAUUUUGUGUCAAAUCAAGACCAUGUCUAGAAUUGUUAAAAUAUCAAUUGUACAUGCUAGAAGUUAUUUUCUAAUGUAUUCAUUUCAGAAUCUUAAAUUGUGUUGUAAUAGUUCAAGAAACAUCCCUCAAUAUCAGGCCGAAAAAGAGCAGCAACAUGUCUCCAGAGAUAUAUGAAUAUUUAAAUAUUAAAAACAGAGGGUGGUCACAGGGUCGGGCCUCUAUAGCUGAAAAUGAGAGAGAGAGCCAUAACUUAAGGGACGAAGGUUGACUUUUUGCACUUCUUGUACAUAGUCAAUAUAAAGAAAAGAAAAGGAACAUGUAUAAUAUUGAGAUCUUAUUUUGAAUAAUAAAAGAUUCUAUAACUAUGAGAAAUUUUCUUAGGAUAAUUUAAGAAUUAGAGUAAUAGUCCAGCUUCGAAAUGAUGCUUGCAGAAGUGGCACAGCUGUUUUAUUGUUAUAAUUUCCGGCCAUCACAUUAAAAAAAGCUCAGCGUUGCCUGCACAGUACCGACUUUGAUUGAGAUCUCCAAAAUUGGCAUUACACUCCGUCACUUCAUAAUUUCCACUGUAGGAAAAUCUGGUUGUUACAAAUAGACAAUAUACCUUCAAAAACACCGUAUUUGUCAUAUGAUGAACAUAAAUAACUGCAUGAAGAAUAAAAGUUAACAAAGUAAAAUUCUCAUAAUAGAUAAGUAGGUAGAUAAGUUAAUUUCUCACAGUGCCGUAACUAUCAUUGCCACAGCAUAGUGUAAAUCAAGUUACAAACAAUAAAUAUCUAAGCCUGAAAUAAGGCACAUUCAUUGAUAAUCCAUCUGAGUAUAGUAAAUACAAAAGGCCUUCAAACCGAUUCUAGAUGCUAGCAAAAGACGUCCACUUAAAGGCAUAGUUCACCCAAAAAUGAAAAUGAUGUCAUGAUAUACUCACCCUCAUAUCGUUCCAAACCCACAUUACAUAUGACUUAUUUUCCAUACAGUGAAAGUGAAUGGUGACUGAGGCUGACUUUCUCUCCUUUUGUGUUCUACAUACUGUAAAAGGAAAGUCAUACAGGUUUGGAACAACAUUAGGGUGAGUAAAUGAUGACAGAACUUUCAGUUGUGUGCCAACUAUCCCUUUAACACACAAUAACAGAAGUUGCUUUGUUACCUGGUAACCGUGCCUUCAGCAGGUAAAGGACACCAACUACAGAGUAAAAAAACUAAAAUGAAUGUAAGUGUCAAAUCCUCCGCUAAGGUCAGCGUUUUACUCAUUUCAGGUUUGCUGCACAAGAGCUAUUAAACCAAAGCAUCACUUUCCUUCACUGAAUGCAAUGCCUAAAAGCUGGUCAGCUGUAUCACAGUGAAACCACAGGUGCUCCUACCUGCUGAAAGCACCUGCUUUGAUGCUUAACGCCCUCCAUGGAAUCUGACACCUGCCCUUUGCUUAUAGUUGCUGUAAGAUAUUGUGCUGCAUUCGAAAGACUUGUUUUAUGCACAUUUAUUAUUGGUAGAAUUGACUCUUACUGUUAUGAGUAAAAAAAACCUUAAUAAAACAAUGGAUUUGCUCAA